GUUCCGGCAUUGAAGGAGAUGAAAGCAACACAAAUGUUGCAAAUACACCGAGGGUCAAUUCGCGAUUUACAAUUUUCUCCGGAUGGCCGAAUGGUUGCUUCGUCCAGUGAAGCUAGGAUCGUACGGCAACUAUCUACAAGGUCGAGGACCCGUUCACUCCCCAUCGUGUGCUCGCACAUCCAACAGGCUUUGUGGGAGUGGUCGUCUGGGUCUCCAAUUGGAAACAUGCUACUCACCAAAUUGCAGCGCACAGUCAAAUUAUGGACUGAGGAUGGCGUAUGCAGAAAAACUAUUGAUCGAAGGACACCUGUGCAGUCAGUUGCGUGGUUUCCAGAAGGCGAAUUGUUCUUGUUGGUGGAAGGUAAUAGCAUUAUCAAUCUAGACUUAAACGGCGUCGUUUUGGAUCGAUAACACUUCACAAGUAUGCAAAUCCAUGACGUUGCGAUUACGCCCGACUGUGCCCGGAUGUUAUGUGUAGGAUCGCUAGUCGCGUCGGAAGAGGGCUUGCAACCAGACAAGUCCCGAUCUGAGAAACAAAUCGUUGUUUACAACUUAUAUACCAGGAGGAGUGAAAGUCGAGCACCUGUUCUUCGCGAUGCUCGUAAUAUCAGCCUGACAAAGGCCGGAACUAUGGCACUGGUUAGCUACGAUGAUAUGGCUCCUCCCCAACUCUGGGAAAUGCAAUACCUCAUAAGUCACUCACCUACACGCAUACGUCGGUUGAUUCUGUGUCAUACAUAUGUGCCGAAAGGUGCUGUCGACUUUGCCGGUCCAAGCUCGUUCGGAGGGAACGAAGAUCCACUAGUGAUCGCUGUAGGGAAAAAUAAUGAAAUUCAUAUUUGGGAUCGGGACUCUGCCUUCCUGAUACAUUACGUUAGGCCUCAAUCGGAAGAGAACGAGAUAUCUUGCAUCGCUUGGAACCAUGGCUAUGAUUCCCUGAUGUUCGCUACUGGCAGCCAAGGUGGGAUGGUAAAGGUGUGGACUGUACCGGAUCCCUCAUCUGCCAAAGCACCUGUGGGAAAUAUUCCUGAAUAUUCAUAUUCGACGCAUCCGUCUCGUCCCCCUUCAUUACGAACUCCAAAUAGCCCAAUUCAUAGACAGGAACAGGGAGGCCACGGACCAGAAGACAUUUCAACGGAAGUACAAGUUGCUUCACAAGCUCUCAGUCUGAUCGGUUCCGUUAUGUCGGAUGAAUCUGACUUCCAAUAAGUAGCGCCCCCAUGAUAGCAGAACGAUCCCUUCAGCGAUUCCAUGCCCUGCCCCUCCCUGCACUUUGC